GGCCGCGGCGCCGGGCUUGAUGGCGGAGGCGCUAGGCGCCCGCCUCGGUCGGAGCCGCUUCCUCGGCGGCUUCCUUUGCGGAGCGGCCGCGGGCGCCACAGUCUCGGGGCUGUUCCUCACCAAAUUCCUCGGAAAGCCCGCCCAGCCGCCGCGCCCGUCCGCGCCCCAGCAAGAAGAACCUCCGCCGCCACCGCUGAGCGGAGAACCUGAAUCACCAUCUAUAUUGGAAAAAUACGGAUUUCCUGCAGCUGGAACUCAGAUCAGAUAUUAUACCAAUCACGCUCUCUCUUACGAUCAGGCAAAACGAGUACCUAGAUGGGUGAUUGAACAUAUUUCCAAAUGCAAGACUUCAGGCAGUGCAGACAGAAAACAUUGUAAAUUUAAACCAGAUCCUAACAUCCCUUCAACGUUCAGUGCCAUGAAUGAAGAUUACAUCGGCAGUGGCUGGUCACGAGGUCAUAUGGCACCAGCAGGGGACAACAAAUAUUCACCAGAAGCCAUGGCAGAAACAUUUUAUCUAUCCAACAUUGUACCUCAGAACUAUGAGAAUAAUGCUGGUUUCUGGAAUAGAGUGGAGAUGUAUUGCCGGGACCUGACUGAAAGAUUUGAAGAUGUCUGGAUUGUUUCAGGACCCUUGACGUUACCUCAGUUGGAUGAAGAUGGGAAGAAGAAAGUUGUCUAUCAGGUAAUUGGAAAAGAUGAUGUGGCUGUACCUUCUCAUCUGUACAAAGUAAUUCUUGCCAGACGAAGCGAAGUACCCAAAGAUCCUUUGGUACUUGGAGCCUUUGUGAUACCCAACAACCCUAUUGGCUUUGAGCAUCAGCUCCAGGAAUUCCAAGUUGGCAUUGAAGACCUGGAGAAAAUGUCCGGUCUUGUUUUCUUCCCAGAAGUGAAUAAGGCCAAAGAUGUUAGAAAUAUCUGUGAGGUUGAAACUUGCAAGCUAAUGGGCCUGGAAGAAUUUACUUUAUAUAUCACAACUCGGAAGCUGCAGAGUGCAAGGACCCUGGAAAGGUUGGGGAAAAUUAUGUCUGAGUUGCGUGAAAAAGGAAUUGAACCUGAUGAAUAUCUCUUAAAGGUUUAUAACAAGAAGAAGGAAGAAUUAGCUGUAGAAACCACAGCAGAAGGUAGAGAAAGAAAAGUUGGUUGAUCUUUAAAAAAAAAAUUGGUGUUAUAUUUUCAGAGAUGCUGUAGCUGUUAAGAAAGCUUUCAUAAGCAUUCUCUUUGGCUCAGUUCCAAUGAUAACUGGACCUUUGCUUUGUGAAAUUGAAACAUAAACCUGUGCUGCAGGUUGAUAGUGGUGCUUUCCUAAGUUACCAUCAGAUACUCAAUUUAUUUGGGAUCCUUUCAUGAAAUACUAGAAAAAAAUACUGGGAAUAUAAGCAGGGUUUUUUCAAUGUUACCUGCUUUUCCAAUAUGUUUCCUUUAGAAGUGUUUUGUUCUACCCCUUAAGAUUAUAUCACUGAUUAAUUUGAUGUUUUUUAAGAAAUUAAAUAAUAUCUUUCUAUUAUUUUCUCCCCCCCCAGCUGCUUUCUUCAUGGGAAUUUGAUUAAACCUGCAUUUCUAAUUCUUUAUAAUCUAGGUAUACAGCAUAAACCACCCACACUCUAUAUAAUCUUAAUGUAAACCUAUUACAAUAAUAUCUCAUAUUGGGCUCACAUAUACUGUCAUGGUUUGUUAAACUGUGAUGUAAUUACAAAAGCAUCAGUGAUUGGAUUCACAAUGGCCGGGUCAGGCAACGUACUAAAAUAAAACCAAGUGAACCAUAUAAUGUCUUAGUGUGUGAAUCCAGUCAGCUAAAUGUCUUUAAUGUUCUACUAAGCCAACUCAAUUUUUUUUAUUUCGGCCAGCCGUUUUUUAAAGAAACCUGAUUGUUUUUUGUUUGUAAUAAUAUGUCAUUAUAAUGUAUUAAUGGUAUUACUGUCCUGAAUUAAAUCUUCCUUGAUUCUUCAGACUAAGCAUCCUUACUGCCAUCACAGUGACCUCAUCUUUAGAUUGGCCCAUUAACGUCCUGCUUUAACACUGCUUUUAUUUUUCUCCCAUUUGCAACUUGAGGACGUGUUUACUUGACAGAUGGGUUGAUGCACUGAGAAUCUUAUUUUGUGAUUCUAAAUAGUUUUUAAAUAAAGAUUUUCCCAAGA